GAAUUUGCUUCUUAAGCCUCACUCCCGCCUUCUUCUCUCUGCACCAACAUCGAACUUCAAACUCAGCAAAUCCACUUGAGCUUCAAAGCCCAUGAUCAUAGAUUACUGUACUUCACUAUUCCAAACGUAUUGCACUUUUCUUCAGCUUCCAACCCUGCUGCAGAACAAGAAACUAUACUGGUUGACAAGACUGCAUUUCCAUUUUCCAGAGUAGAAGUGAUGAACUAGUGCAUCAAAUUAUCAACGCACCAUCAAACUUGAUCUUGUUAAGGUGAUAAACACUACAACAAUGGAAAAUGACGGGCGCUGGGAGCAGAACAUACUCAUCAACGAGCUAGUUCAGGGGAUGGAGGUAGCAAGAAGGUUGAAGGAAGACAUGAAUGCGACAUAUUCAGCUGACACAAAAGAUUUGUUGCUGCAGAGGAUAUUAUCGUCGUAUGAAAAAGCUCUGCUAAUUCUAAGAUGGAAUGCAUCAACUUCCAAGUCUCAGAACAUGAGUCAAGCAACAGCAACAGCAACCUUGUUUUCAGAGUCACCAAUAUCUAUCAGCGCAAGUCCUCUGAGGGAGGACAAUCAUAAUCAAGAGUUUAAACACGAUUCAAAGAAAAGAAAGACAAUGGCCAAAUGGGUAGAUCAAGUGAGAGUGAGCUUUGAGAGUGGCCUUGAAGGACCACAUGAAGAUGGUUACAACUGGAGAAAAUAUGGACAGAAAGAUAUCCUUGGUGCCAAAUAUCCCAGAAGUUAUUAUAGGUGCACCUUCCGGAACACUCAGGGGUGCUGGGCCACGAAGCAAGUACAGAGAUCAGACGAAGAUCCUACCAUAUUUGACAUAACUUACAAAGGAAGGCAUACCUGUUCUCAGGGAAACAAGGCUGUUCCGCAACCGAAAUCGCCAGACAAACAUGAGCAACUGCAAUGUCAUAGUAACGAAAUUCAGCAUAGACAAACAUCAGAAGAAAGCCUGACAACUUUCGGGACCAUUAUGACAGUUAAAAGAGAUAUGGUGGCAAAUGGAGAGAUGGAAUAUCCUUUCACUUUCCCUUCAACUUCAUUUGGAAGCAUGGCACAAGAAAGCUACAGCUUGAUUCCUUCAGCCCUGGAGAACGAAUCCUUCUUGAGCAGUCAUUUCCAAACUCACUUAUUAUAUCCAAACAUGCAAGAAUUUAAAUACCUGCCAUCUACGUCUUUCCAGAUGAAUGAGCUUGAUGGGAUCUAUAAUAGGCCACUUUCAGAAUCAGAUAUUACUGAGAUCAUUUCCACCAACACAUCCACCACCAAUUCUCCAGUUCCGGAGUUCAAUUUCUCACUUGAUCCAGUGGAAAUUGAUCCAAAUUUCCCUCCCAAUACCCUGGAUUUUUCUCCUAGAGCCCUUAACAACAAGAACAUCUAGGAGCACUUGAGGCAAUUGUAGACUUGUAAAACAAUGAGCCAGAAAUGGUUAGAACUUAGAACUGUCUUUGUAGUUAAUGUUAGAAACUCAGAGUUGGCACUCUUGAGCAGAAUUUUCCUUCAAAUAAAUAAAUGCUUCAAAUUUGCACGUUACAACAUAUAAUACUAAAUCUAUACAGAA